GCUAGCCCGCAGGGCUCCCAGCCAGGAGGUGUCACCCCCAGCAGGCGCCGGCCGGAGCUUGGGCACCCAGCAUGCGGGCACAGCUUAUGAGGAGGACACUGCUCAGUCUGGUCCUCGGACUUCGGGUCCUCGGACUCCUGUUCCUGAGUACGCCGGCCAUGGGCAGCUGUUUGGACAAGUACCAAGAGCUCCUUGGGCAGCUCCAGAAGCAGGCGGACUUCAUGCAGCACACCAGCAUGCUCCUGGACCCCUAUAUCAGCAUCCAUGGCCUGGACAAGGAUGGACUGAAGGAGCACUGCCGAGAACGCCCCGGGACCUUCCCCAGCAAAGAUGCCCUGCAGCUGCUCAGCAGGCAGGAAUUCCUGCAGAUCCUUGCCACCACACUGGAUCACGUUCUGCACAGACUGAGAACUUUACAGAAGGACAUCCCCAAAGCCCAGGACUUAGAGAAGCUAAAAAUGGCGAAGCUGAACAUUCGCGGGUUCAAGAACAAUAUUCACUGCAUGGCCCAGCUGCUUCCGGGCUCCGUGGAGAAGGCGGAGCCCACUCUGGCAGGCCCAGGGGCUUCUCCAUCACCUACCCCCAUCUCAGACGCCUUUCAGCGCAGGCUGGAGGGCUGCAGAUUCCUGCAUGGCUACCACCGCUUCAUGCACUCCGUGGGGCAGGUCUUCCGAGAGUGGGGGGAGAGCCCGAGUCGGAGCCGGAGACACAGCCCUCGCCGGGGCCUGCAGAAGGGGGCUCGCAGGAUGCAUCUCCCCAGGAGGAACAAGAGACUCAUGCCCAGGGGCUGGCUGCCCCGGUAGCCUUAGGGGUACCCCUGGCAGAUUAAGGAUUCGCAGGUACUCUGUAGGAUGCCCCCCUUCCCGCCUCCAAACCAGCUCUCCUCUGUUCCCCACCUCUCAGAAGUGCACUUUAAGGGGUGGGAGCCAGGCAGGCCCCUCUACCUCCUCCAGGCUGAGAGGGUAGAGUCAGGCUAUUGAGCCCCCAGCCCUGAGUUCCCCAGUCUCGGUGGGGUGGCCAGGUCAGGCCACGCGGGGCUAACUUUCCAUUGAUUCAGGGGUCUGAUGACACAGGCUGACUCAUGGCCAGACUGACUGCCCCCCCUGCUCUGCUCCCCAGAGGCCUGCCGGCCCUUCCCUCUCAUGACUUGCAGGGCUGUUGACCCCAGACUUCCUCCUUUCCACGGCAGUGUGGUUCUGAGGGGGAGGUCAGGGCCUGAGCUGGCCUCCUAUGCCUCAUUGCCAGUCUUAGGCCAGACACCUAGACAUCUGGGUGACCUCACUUAGGCAGCUGUGACACGGGCAAAAUGUCCUAGAAGGAGUGCUGAUUGGGGUGGGGGUGUCUAAGAAGGGAACUCAAGUCCCCGCUCAACCCCUAACCCACUGUGUAGCCUCAGGCAGGCCACCUUACCUCUCUGGACUUCAGUUUUCUCUUCGUGAUUCAAGAAGGUUGGGGACCGUGUAAAGCCCUCUCUGCUUGCCAGUAACUGGGAUUCUGUGACAUAGAGUAGAUAUCAAAUGCAGUGCAAAUGGACAAGGCAUAAAGACCUGGUGCCUGAAAGCACCCAGUCUUGGGUCCUGGCUGCUGGCUCCUCCCCCUGGUGGUGCAUCAUGAAAUCUUCUCAUGCUGAAUCCCAGACUCUCAUGCUGGAGUCCCAGAAGCUGCUGGGCCAUUUCUUUGCAGGGAUAUGACUAAUUUAUCGAUU